AAAGUUGGCAGCUGACAGCGUGACAGCUGACAUUGACGGCACUAUUUGCUGUUUUGGCGGUAGCUUUUUAUUUUUUUAACAAAUUAAAAGAAUGUUUUAGCAAAAUAAAAUUAUUAAAAUAAAAUGGAUAGCGCAACUGAAGAUUUAUAUUUCCAAAAAAUAGAAGAACUUAUUCAAGAUGAAGAUAAAAUAGUAACAGUCCCUUAUUUAUCAAAAAGUUUAAAAAUAGCAGUACAAGAUUCCGAAAAAUUACUGUCCAAAUAUUUAAAAGACCAACGAACAUUAAAACCCAAUGAACUUGCAGCAACAUAUAUAUUUACAGGAAUUGUAAAAGAUAAGGGAAGUGGUGUAUUUUUUAUUAAGGAAGAUGAUCUUCAAGACAAACGGUUAUUAUUUGAUAAAAUUGAUAGUGAAGUUUUGUUUAGCGUACAAAAAUGCAAACAGAUUGAUUUGGAUGUAAUAGCUUUAGUGGAUGAUGUAACUAAGCCAUGUACAGAACCAUUAUUAGGUUCUAUAGUAAGCAAAAAUUGUGUUAAAAGAGUAUUAAAGGUUAAAAAGCUUCCAACUCCUCCACCUAGUACUGUUAAAGGAAAAUCAUCAUUUUUCAUGUCAAAAACUGAUAGUUCCAGUUCUGUAGAAAAAUCAGAAAAACCCGAAUCUAAGGUAAAGCAAAAUGGAAUUGCUGGUUUGUUUGGUAAAGCAGCAGCCACCCAGUUACCUAAAGAUAAAGACACUGUCCAGAAAAAGACAACUAACGCGUCAAAGCAACCAUCACAUAAAGGAGGGCUUUCAACAUUUUUAUCCAAAGGUUCAAGCAGUUCGAGUAUAAAGAGUGAAAAUGGUAUUAAAAAAGAAAAAACUAUUUCAACAACUAUUAGCAGCGAACCAAGUGAAAUUGAAGAACUUAUGGAAAUUGAUUUUUAUGAAGAAUUAGAUGAAGUAACUGUGGAUGAUAAGAAGAUUAAGAAAGAGGAAGAGAACAAGUCUGAACAGAAAGAUACGAACAAAAAAGAAGUAAAAGAGAAGAAGAAACAAGAAGUAAAAGAGAAGAAGAAACAAGAAGUAAAAGAGAAGAAGAAACAAGAAGGGAAAGAAAAACAAAAUAAAAAUAAGAGGCAGAGGGAGAAAAGUGAAGAGAAGUCUAUUAAAAAGAGGAAGAGGAUCGUUCAAAGAAAUGAUUCAGAAAGUGAUGAUAUGUUUGAAAAUGAUGAAGAGGACAUUGUAGAAAAAUCUGAUGAUGAGCCUGAAAGGAUUCCAUCUCCAGUUGCCAGUAAACCUUUGGCACCUAAAAAUAAAAUUCGAAAAGCCAUUGAUAACACAUACAUGGACGAAGAUGGAUUUAUUGUAACAAAAACUGAAUAUGUUUAUGAAUCUGCACCUGAAGACGUUGAAGAACCCAAGAAAGAAAAAGAAGUUAAGGCACCAAAAUUAGAAAAGAAAACGAGUGCCUCAUCAGAAAAUGAUGGUUCCCCCAAAAAAGGUAAAAACAAGAAAGGAAAGAAGAAUAAUUUGCAAAAUCAACCUACUUUGAUGAAUUUCUUUAAGAAAAAAUAGUUAUAUUAAUCAUUUUCAUUCAUAUGGAGUUUAAUAUUAUUGUUAAAAUUUUAAAUUGGUUUUUUAUUGAAUUAGAUGUAAUU